AUGGAGGAACUCGAGGGUAUCACCCGGUAUCUGUUCCUUCCGCCUCAGCUUCCGCAGAAGGAAGGUUCUGCAACUACCGAGACCGCUUUUCUCGAAGUAGUCAUGAAAGCUCUUCUCGCGUUCCGUGCACGCGGCCCAAGUGCCGCCGUUGAUAAGGCGAUAUCGCUUUUGUCGAAGCUUGAGGACGUCUAUAGCGAACUCGACGUUUCUCGAGCGAACUCGGCCUAUCUUUUGACAACUCUGAACAAGUCACGCAGCGAGGAAGUCAUGGCCGUCAAAGUCAUCGCACUGAGACCACAACAAACUCAAAACAUCAAAGCCGACAAGAUGCACCAUCAAAUGCAACAGAUGUCCGGGCGCUACUUUGAAGCGCAUUCGCGACGCGUGCAUUGCCUUCAUCUCGAAUGUGAUAGCAGUAGCAUUCGGGUGGGUGCAGCGCCUGCCUAA